AUGGACGCCACCUCCAGGAACUCUUUCGAAAUCCUGGCUUGUCAGCCGGUCUGGACAGAGACUGAUGAACCUGAAUUCGACCACAGAAUGGUCAUCCUGCGCGAGGCACCGGACUUUCCUCUUGAUCUAAAGAGUGUAUUUAUCAAAGAACCAAAUCUCCUCACGUAUGGCCACUGUUCUUUCGCUACGCAACAGUCCUUCUACGAGCCGCAACUGCAGGAAGCCCGAGUGUACGAGCAGUUACGCCAGGCACCACAUCCUAAUAUCGGCGUCUACUAUGGGUGUGUGGUUAUUGAUGGUCGGAUCAAAGGACUAUGUCUAAGGCGAUAUAAACAAACGUUGGCGAUGUUGCUGAGGGAUCAAUCAUUAAAUUACAACGAAAAACAGGCCAUUAUGGAGGACAUAAAGAGGGGCGUUGCACAUCUGCAUUCUCUGAAUCUCGUCCACGGGGAUAUCAAUCUCUCCAAUAUCAUGCUCGAUGGUAAAGAUAGUGCUGUUCUUAUUGACUUUGACUCUUGUCGAUCUAAGGGCGAACCUAUGGGCCCUAAGGCUGGUACGAUGAAUUGGGGCGGCCUAUUUCCGGAUGUCGCUCAUAUUGAGCAUGAUCUGAAUGCACUCAAACUAAUCGAAGAGCGCUUGCUUGCAGAUUCUUAA